AAGACGAUUCUGGCGUUGCGUUAGGGUUUCAAGGGCCAACAAGCUCCGCGACCACGGUCGUUUUUUUUCUUCACGAGUUUCGGUGUGGUUUGCAGAUUUCAUUUCAGUGAUGAGUUGAUCUGGGAUGAGGUCUGAGCUUCACGUAGCAUCGCGCAAUGCAAGGUCAUAUAGGUGAGGACGUGGGAAAGGUCCGAUCGCAACCAGAGAUAAGUCCCGAAAUCGCACCCGAUGAAGCGAGUGGAGUUUUGGAGGAAGAACACGAUGACCAGCACGCCGAGGAAGGCUCCACGGAAGAGCGGAUUCCGAGGCAUGUGCACCCUGGAAGCAGCAGCGAGAAUCCGCAUGUAGAAUCUAGUGAGAGACGAGAGGGUCGAAUGAGUGACAUAGCCACGGCCGUGAAGUUGGUAAAGGCCGUUGAAGAUGAUGCCAAGGCAGUAGCGGGCAGUCUCGUGGGAUUGUUUUCGUCGCUCCAGUCUGCGCUGUCCGAGGUUACGGGGAGUUCAGUCGAUCACAUGAAGUGUCACAGCGAGGCGGCAGGGCUGCUUCAGGAUGCGUCCAUUGAUGCUGCUGCCAAGGGGCAGAGGUUUAUCAACGCUUGCUUGCGAUUGAAUGAAGAGAUGAAGUCCGUGGGAAACCUGGCAGCUCAGCUGAAAGCACUUCGGCAAGUUGUGGACCAGUUUGAGUAUCAUGCGUCGAGAAGUCUUCCACGUUUGUGAGACCUAGGGUGAAUUGUUUGAGCUUGUAAAUAAACUUUGUGCAUUUUCCAGCCAAGCAGUCCAUGUCCAGUUGACUUUAUGACUCCGUUUUGUGUCUGGAUUCGGUGUUAUGAGUGGGCGAUUAAAUGAGAAGGUCCGAAAGAAUAUCUUUGUAACCAUGGGUAGUUGUUCUGACCUUCCAACCCACUGAACAUCCGCAGUUUCUUGCUAAUGUGUUGUGUUGCAGUAAAAUCGUAGCCAUAUGAAUAAGGUUACUUUUACAGACGAGAACGUUAAUGUGUUGGAAGUGUAUGGUCAUUUUCAGAAUUACAAAGCCGUUAUGCUUAGAUAGCGGGAUGUGUGACUAACCUGACCGCAUAACCUUCUCCUGAUGCAAAAGCCCCAUAAGCUCCCUUGUGACGCCGAGGUAAUCCAGGCCAGCUUCCACGCAGUUUCUACUACUUUCUGCAAGGGUCCAACAUAGACGACAAGUUUGGUCUUCUUGCAACGACUGAUGAGUGACUCAGCAUUGUUGACAUCCGCUUUGAAAAUGGCAAUGGAAGAGUUUGCAGAGGCCUUCUUGUCCCCGGAUGUCCUUAACAAAGCCCCAGGAAGCAUUUUCCUCCAGCGGCUAGUUCUGGCAAUCCUCUGAAAUUGCACGUUCGAAUGGUUGAUUUCACGGUGCACGGACUUCUCCUGGAAUCUUGACGCGCCGAGUGUUCCAGCCCUCAGACGAAAGGGGACCUAGACUGGGCUUACCGGGGUCGUCCGGCGGAUGAACCCGCAUAAACUCUUGCUUGGCAAGAGUUGUACUGGUUCGUUGACUUCUCUAGGUCCAUUCUUCAAGCACAUCAAUCGAUCAAAUGUGGAUUUUGAGCUCAACCUUGUGCAGAAGGCAUCAAAUUAGAAAUGCAUGAAUUCGUGCAUCGGAGGAUGAUCUUGAAGGUGGACUUUGGCAUGGACAGGACGGAUGAGGACGACGAGGAUGAAGGUGGUCCAAGGCACUACGCUCCUGAAAAUGACAUGCACACGGGGUACUACACGUCGUGGAGACGCAAGCAAUCUCGAGCUCAUUGAAGUAGGGCAAAAGAAUGGAAGGGAAUCUCUUUGGAUCCACCACAGGUAACUGCUGUCGAUUUCGUCCUCGUGUUAAAUUGCGAUGUUGGUGGAAGUUGCGGAGCCGUUGAAGAUUAUGUACAUCAUAUAUUAGAUCGAUCUAAUGAUGCUUUGGUACGCUUAUAUGCAGUCUUUUAGUUGCAUGAAAAGCAAGUACAUGUACAAGUUGGCGACAGAGACUCUGUUGACAUUUCACGAGCAACCAUGUCUAAGAUAGAGUAUGUAUCCAUGAACGUCCUUCGAUUCUCCUGUUUUCUUUCCGUAAUCUGUCCAAUAUGCUUUUUAUCUAGGAUUCUUAUUAUCAAAUGCCCAGUUUUAAAUUAUCAAUAAUAUUUAACGUGUA